GCUACACAUCCAUAUGGAUAUGUGACCCAUUUCAUACAGCUCCCGUGUGUAAUUUACCAAUUUUAUAUUAAUAAAAGAAAAAAAAUAUAUAUAUGCGAGAUAAGUGCAAGUUCCAGUCGUUUGAAUUAAUAGAUAGCUUCUGAUACAACGUAAUAAUUUAGAGGUCAAAAUAUCUAUUGCAGAGCUUCAUGACCAAGUAAAUGCCAAGGGCGAGACGCAAAGCUAUGAAAAAGUGAACCUGCAUACAUAUUUGUAGUAAAUAAUCAGUGACACUAUGCUCGUGAAAAUGUGUGUGAAAAUGCUGGUGUGCGCUGCGUUCCUGCUGGCCGCGCCGUCGACGAUCCAAGGAUUCAACGUUGGUGUUUCAGGUACAAAAUGUAAUUUGGAUCCAAGCAAAGGUGAUAUAAAUGAUCCCUGUGCCAGAUUGUAUGAUGGCGUGUGCAAAGGGAGGUACUGUGGCUGUCCCACUGGCACCCAUGAAGACAAGAAUCUUGGGGUAUGUGUUCCCGGUGAAGCAUCAAAAACAGCUGGUGGAACACAGGCAGGGAGGCCUGGCAGUGCAUUUGAUGACCUUCCGUUUGACUUCCCUGGUGGUGGUGGUAGCACAGGUGGCACAGCACCCAAAGCACCUCCCGCUCCGGCUCCAGCACCACAGCCUCGUCCUCCACCACCUCCACAGCCUGGCUAUCCCGGGUCUAAUCAGCCUGGCUUCAACCCUAAUCAACCAGGUUACAACCCUAAUCAGCCUGGCUACAACCCCAAUCAACCAGGUUACAACCCCAAUCAGCCUGGUUACAAUCCCAAUCGGCCUGGCUACAACCCCAACCAACCUGGUUACAACCCCAAUCAACGAGGUGGCCAUGGCACUACUAGAGGAGGUAGUGACGUGGGCGAAAAGGCAGGAGGAGGAGUGGGCGGAGUGAUUGGUCUCCUCUUGAUUGGCGGUCUCAUCUACUUCUGCUGUUGCCGAGGAGGAAAGCAUAAGCAAGUUAUGAACAGGUUCCAAGGGCUGCCAUUCAUGCGUGGUGGCCAGGCAGGCGGCCAAGGACCAGUUGCUUUGCAGAGUCAGCCUGUGCAACAAGACCCCAAUUUCGGCUCCCAGCACACCUAUGUCCCGCCUGGUCAGCCAGUUCCUCAGGGACAGUACCCUCCGCCACAACAGCCAUACCCAACAGGUGGUGUAUAUCCUGCAGCUCCAUAUGCACAACAGCCUGGUUUUGCCCCUUACCCACCACAAGGUGACGGGCAGCCCCCUAUGCAGCCUUACCCACCACAACCUAUUCCACCAUAUCCUCCACAGGGAGCACCAUAUCUGGCUUCUGCUCCCCCAGAAGGUUACCCUGUUGAUGGCCAGAAGCCUCCACCCUACACACAGGAAUACCAGCCUAAUGCUCCACCGUCCUAGUUGCAAUGUGCAGCUCGUUCCUACCUAGCUCCUUUAUAGGGUGACAUAGCUUGAGGAAAGGUAUAUUGGUAUACUCUAUGAGAAAAAUUACUAUAAUUGCUAAAGACCUUGAUAAAUUGGUUUCACAAUGCUUAAAGCAGUAAACAGUUUUGCUUGCUUGGGGAGGAAUAGCAUAUGAUAUGUGAUAUUCAUUGGGUAUCAUGUGGUAAUGUAAUCUGGAUUUAUUCUUUAACUGUUUACAGAUUACAUCAGUAGAUAGUAAGUACACAGGAUACAGAUGUAACCUGUAAUCUGUAACCAUUUUCCUGUAGCAAAAUCAUGUUUUUUAUUGUGAAGGUAUUUAUCUACCUCUUGAAACUGCUCCAAGCUCUCUAAACUCUCACAUAAAAGCUAAAUUCUCUCAGCACUAUUUAGAUAAUCAGUGUACACAAGAAGCACAGACUACUGUAACAUAAAAAGCUUAAAAGGUAGA